GCCCUAACUCAUGCAGUUGAUCUUCUUGCACAGUGACUCAAAAGUACCACAGCUCUUUCUUUGUCUUUAUUUCAACCUGGAGGAUUUUUUUUUCUUUUUUACCAUGGUGAUAUUUUUGCUUGAUAUUGUAGAUUUAAAGAAAAAACAUAUUAUCAUUUUUCUCCUGUGAUUUGAUUCAAACUUGGCAUAAAACAUUUUCCAGUGAUUGGUCUUCUGAGCAGCUGUCGCAAUGGAGAAGUGGAAAAUUCUAAAAAAACGUCGCUCCAGUCUUUUUGCAUCCGUAAAACGCGACUUGAGUUUCACGCAAAGCAUCGAAGAAGAGGAGAGUGAAUUCCCCUUUUCACAGGACAGCUCAAUAAAACCGUGGACAUCAAUGGACAACCUUGACGCUCCUGGUGCCAGAAAAGAGGUGAAAAAAGAUGAGAAGAAGGAUGCACCAAACCCCUGGCAAUCAAACAUUGUCAACCUAAAUGUGGGCGGAAAGGUGUUUCACAUCCCUAAACACUUGGUCCUCCGAUACCCAAAGACCAGGAUCGGAGUCCUUGCUCUGUGCAAUGAUCCAGUUAAGCGUCUGACGCUCUGUGACGAUUAUAAUUUUCAGAACAACGAGUUCUUCUUUGACAGGGACCCCAUGUUUUUCCAUUACAUAUUUCACUUUUACUGCAGUAAUGUUCUGUGGGUGAUGGAUGGCUUGUGUCCUGUCAACUUUGAGGAAGAGAUCUCAUUCUGGGGGCUCAAACUGAAGGAUACUCCAAGGUGCUGCCGCAUUCUGUUUGAGGAGAAAUUGGACGACAUCAGAGAACACCUGAAGGUUAACCAGGAGCUCAUAGAUGAGAUUAAACCUCACCAUGAUGACGAGAGCUACAAGACCAUGUUUCUUGGAAACUUUCGUAAAGCCCUUUGGGACUUGAUGGAGAAUCCUUACUCCUCACUGUCAGCCAAAGCCUUUGCAGUGUUUUCCAGUCUCUUUGUGCUUAUCUCUAUCGUUGCCAUGACUCUGAAUACAGUCAAAGAACUUAGGCAGUACAAACUUGCAGGCAAAACCUACAUGGAGUGGGUGGAGGUUAGUUCUAUCCUUUUCUUCACGUUGGAGUACUUUCUGCGACUACUCACCACAUCAAACAUCAAGCAUUUUGUGAAGAGCGCCCUCAACUUUGUCGAUUUGGUAGCCGUCAUGCCCUACUUCCUCCAGAUCAUUUUUGAGACUUUUGUAUUAGACGCUGAAGACAUCAGUGCUCAGGUGGAUUUGAAGGCCAUGUCAAGAGUCAGCAAAGUCAGCAAGGUGCUCAAAGUGGUCAAGCUCAUGCGCAUCUUCCGUAUCUUGAAGCUUGCCCGUCACUCCACCGGCAUGAGGGCUUUCGGCUUCACCAUCCGCCAGUGCUCUGAGCAGGUGUGCUGUCUGUUUCUGUUCAUCACCAUGGGCAUCUUCACCUUCUCUGCUCUGAUGCAUUCUGUGGAGGUGGAUCAGCCCGGGACACCGUUCAGCAGCAUACCAGAUGCCUGGUGGUGGGCUGCGGUCAGCAUCUCUACUGUGGGCUAUGGAGAUGUUGUCCCCAUCUCCUACCUCGGCCGCUGUGUGGCAUUCAGCUGUAUCUCCUUUGGCAUCAUCCUUAACGGCAUGCCCAUCUCCAUUCUGUUCAACAAGUUCUCCGACUACUAUGCCAAACUGAAGGAGCAGGAAUACAACUUUUCCAACACGGUGCGCACCUUCCAGCUCAAGAAACGUCUCAGGCGUAAGUUUGACAGCUGCUUCGAACCCCGGCCGGAGGACUCGGAUGAGGAGAUACACUAUCGGCCCAGUGGCAGGCAAUUUACCCCAGAGAUUGAAGAAUAAGAAAAGUUGCCUAGUUGUGACCUCAGUAACCCUAAAUGGCCUUAUCACCCUUGGGUAUACAAAAGUAAAAGACUCCAUCUGCCUCUAAGUCUCAGCCUAUGUGAUUGAAUAAAAGCGAUCUGAUGGGGGAAAGCAGAAAGCUGAGACAAGCAUUAAGCCUCAGCUUUGCAGUAGGUACUGUUUUCACACUAUAGCGACAAUUCCUCUGUCAAAUGGACAAGAUGCUCAGACUAGACAACUUGUUAUGUGUUUCCACAAAUAGCACACGUCUACAACUAAUGCUCACUCAACAGAAAUAGAUGUUUGACACAAGGAGGUCAAACAGUGACAUUAUGAAUGAAGCAAAACUUCCCUUAUAUCCUUUUGAAAAGACUACUGUCAUUGAAAGUGCUAUUAAUGAACAGUUUUGAGUGACUACAUAGUCUCUUACAUUUUACUUUGAUGCUCAGCAAAAAAGAAAUUGUACCUUCAAGCUCUAACUAGUGCAACUUUUGGCCAUUACCAGCAUGUACCGCCACACAUCAUGGCGGCUUUAAGUCACCAUUUACUUGACUGCAAUAAAAACAUUUUAUUUA